UUAGGACGCCCGCACUCGAGAUGGACCAUGACCCUUCCAGCGUGUCGGACACAAACUUGAGUCUAGGUUCUCCCAAUGAUCAUGUCGAUCUUUCUCUGAAGGAACCCUCAGCUCCACCGCACGAUAGCGAAAUGGAAACAGGCAACAACGACAUCAACGACAUCAACGACAUCGACGACGCCGACGACAGCAACAAUAACAUAAUUAACUUUCCCAGCCACGAUACUCCAUCUCAGAACCUUGGGAUCAAUGGCUUACAGUCACCGGGGAACAGAGAACAUGCCAAUGACGUGUCCGCUGGACCCAGGAAUGAAACAGUAUCGAUCAACGGGGCUCAUGGCAGUUCGACUACCAAGAGAAGCACAUGUAUAACCACGGCAAAUGAAGAAGAUAGUAUACCUAACGGUAUUAUCCACAACCCGCCCAAUCUUGCCAGGAUACGGCAGGUAAUGUUUGAAUGCAAGGACCCGAUAGAGAUCAACCUCGGGGAAUUUGAGACGUACUGGCCGUUUAUCGAUAAUGUCUGGGUGAAACAAAGGUCCAACUCCAGCAAAGAGGGCCACUGCACGACAGAUUAUUAUAUGUGCCGCCUACGACGUCCAACCCACCGCACAUCAGAAACACGUCCCCUACCCGAGGGCAAACGACCUCGGAAAAAAAGGGUGCGCGAAGGCGGUAUGUGUAAUUUUCAGAUCAAGGUGGUGAGGUUUGAGGGUGCAUACUCGACGGUGACCAUUGCAAGAACACCCGGGAGCAGCCACAUACACUCACACAACCUUGAUUACAUUGACAAAGUGAAGCGAAAUUCUGGUCUUAUGGAGUUUGCGCGGAAGGAGGCGGUUAAAGGGUAUCUACCGUCAUCUAUCUACACGAAGUUUCGGGAAGAGUCCGAGAAACUCGUCGAAGCGGGAGGCAAGUUCUGCACCGUUACGGAUGUUCGCAAUGUCUCUGCAAAAUGGAGAAUACAAAAUCCCGAAGUCAAGCUCAUGCCACACGAUGGUUAUGAAUAUCAAAAAGGGCAUGGCAUCGUGAGGACCGCCUCUGAAAGCAAUUCCAACGACCCCGGAAUCCCGGCGCAGUCUCAGGCGAACGCAAUUGCACCCUUACCACCCGAUACACUGCCAUUCCCUCAAUUUGCUUUGGAUUUCCUUAGCACCUAUCUUCCUAAUCAGGAUGAAAGGCGCCAGCUUCCACAUGUCACAUUGUCCUAUGCAUCUUCUUUGGAUUCUAAGAUAUCACUCCAACCCGGAAUGCAGACGGUAUUAUCGGGCCCAGAGGCCAAAUUGAUGACCCACUAUCUGAGGUCACGCCAUGACGCGAUACUGAUUGGGGUCGGCACCGUUCUUGCCGACAACCCCGGGUUAAACUGUAGACUGGAGGGUGCAGGCGGCUUUGGGGGACUUGGGAGAAUGUGGCAACCGCGACCAGUAGUGAUAGACCCCACAGGGCGAUGGCCCAUUAACACCGAAUGCAGGAUGCUUCGAACAGCAGUGGAAGGCAAAGGCAAGGCGCCAUGGGUGAUCGUGUCACCAGGUGCGCAUAUCCAUCCUGAGAAGUUGAUGAUGUUGAAAGGAUACGGGGGUGAUUUUCUUCGCAUUGUGGAAUAUAACCAACAUUGGCGCUUGCGCUGGGAGGCAAUUCUGCGCGCACUGGCAUCCGAAGGGGUGAAGAGUAUCAUGAUAGAAGGAGGUGGAACCGUCUUGCGCGAGUUGCUCAACCCGGAAUACACCGAGUUUAUUGACUCGAUAAUCGUGACCGUCGCUCCGACGUAUCUAGGUAGUGGGGGGGUAGGGGUGAGUCCAGACUCCAAGAGCGAUGAACAGGGAAAACCAAAUGCCGCUCUCAACCCAAGGGAUGUGAAAUGGACGCCAUUGGGCCAAAAUGUCAUCAUGUGUGGUAAGAUCCGAGCUGUGUCCUCAGCCAUACCCGAUGGCCCGAUGGAAUCAUAGCGUUGCAGAAACUUGAUGAUUAUAGCGCGAAGUGGAAGUGUGGACGGAGUAAUCAUAGUAUCUAGGGUUACAACGGAGGAAGAGGAAGGUCCCUCUGGUCCCCUGAUAGGUACUGACAUCUUAAUGCUCGAUAUCAACAAGCAGGUCCGGGAGGACACUUCUCAAGUGAUCAGUGAAG